AUAGACUUUGUACAAAUGUAGAUACCGGAAAAUCAAUACCCAACGGUUUCUAUAAAUUGAGAACCAACUCCUUUCCUCUAAGGGAACUCAUCACCGCCACGAAUUACCGGAGUUCUAUGACGGAGCAGAAAAUGGACUCCUGUCGUAUCACUCAAUGCUACCCAUUGUAAAUUUAUCCUACUUUCAACCUCUCGCUUCGUCCCUGGAGUCGGUUCAGAGCCCUCGUUCUCGUUCUGACCACUCUUGAAACUCGCCGGAACGGUUAAGUUUCCAGAUGAAAUUCCUUUUUGAGUUCGUUUCUUGCUGCGUGCCGGUGAACAUGUCGCGCAUAGAGAAUCCGGAGGAGACAGAGGCGGCAGCCUCGAAGGAGAUGAGAACUCUGGCUCCGAUUACCACCAGAAAACACCGGCGGAGAAAACGAAGCGCGUUGUUACCUUCGGCGGCGGCGAAACUAGCCGCCGAUUGGAAGCCGUCGCUGGGAGCGAUUUCAGAGGAUAAGGUAGUUCUGGUAGUGAUGGAGAGAGAGAAGAGCGAUGAUCAGGCGGCGGAAUUGGAACGAUCGGUGAAAAGAAAGAGCGGAUCUCGAGACGGAGAAAGCAGAGUUCACGGCCGUAAGAACAGUAACGAUUUCAGCCUUAGGCAAAAUCCGUCGGCGAUUCCGGUAGUGAUCCCGGCGUUUUCUCCGGCUCCGUUCUUGUUCUGAUGCAAUUUAGGCUUCCUCUUUCCGAUCAAUCAGUGCUGGUGUAGUAUAUGUAUAUAUCAAUAUAUGUUAUAUGUAUAUAUAGAUUUAUCAAUUAGGUUGGUUGAAGUGUAAUUUGUAUAACUAUUAAUCACGAUCUGGAAACACUAAAUUCAGUUUAUCGAGAAAGAAAGCUUUGUUCAUGAAAUUUGUAGCUUGUUUGAGUGGUUUCUUUAAUGGAUCGGAGACACUCUUCCAUUUAA